AUGGCGUUCAUGGUACCCGUGCUGCAGAACGACUGGAACCUGUACGGUCCCGGCUCGGCCAAGGGCAGCCGGCGGGGCUCGCAGCAGCCGCAGACCCGCAGCGCGCCUCAGAGCCGGCGCCCGUCGCACGCCAGUGGCCUCAGCCGGCAGACAUCAGCCUCGAGCAGCGCCAGCGCUUCCACGGCACCCGGCUUCAGUCUGCAGUACAGCGACAGCCGCGGCGCGCCGGGCACCUCCGGCAGGAAGGCCAGCCACCCGGGCCAGCGCAGCGUCACCUUCGGCCCGCCCAGCCCGCCGAGCUCGCAGAAAGGCGCCGGACGGCCCGCCGAGAAGCACAACUUCCACACCAAGGUGGUGGACAAGCUGAUGCGCGUGGUACACCGCGGAGAGAAGGACGGCGCGCGGCGCAGCUGA